AUGAACGGCGCCGGGGGCAGCCACCAGCAGCAGCAGCAGCAGAGGCUCCGGCAGCAGCAGCAGCAGCAGGCGCUCCUGAUGCAGCAGGCGCUGCAGCAGCAGCAGCAGUACCAGUCCGGCGUCCUCGCCGCCGCGGCAGCGGCGGCCAUGACCCAGAUGGAACCUAUUUCCAAUGGCAACCUUCCACCUGGGUUUGAUCCUUCCACUUGUCGCAGUGUGUAUGUUGGAAAUGUGAACCCUAACGUCACGGAGAGCCUUUUGAUUGAAGUUUUCCAGAGUGCUGGCCUUGUGGAAAGAUGCAAGCUCAUACGGAAAGAGAAGUCUUCCUUUGGGUUUGUGGACUACUAUGAUAGAAGAUCUGCUGCUUUAGCAAUCAUGACCCUUCAUGGCCGUCACAUAUAUGGACAAGCAAUCAAGGUGAACUGGGCAUAUGCAAGUACGCAGAGGGAGGAUACGUCAGGGCAUUUCCAUAUUUUUGUUGGUGAUUUAAGUUCUGAAGUGAAUGAUGCAACUCUUUAUGCCUGUUUCUCAGCAUAUCCUUCUUGUUCUGAUGCUCGAGUCAUGUGGGACAACAAAACUGGACGCUCCAGGGGUUAUGGUUUUGUCUCCUUCCGUAAUCAACAGGAAGCUGAAACUGCUAUUACUGAAAUGACUGGAAAAUGGCUUGGAAGCAGACAAAUAAGGUGCAACUGGGCAACAAAGAACAAUUCAGAAGAGAAACCAGAAACUGACAAUCAUAAUGCAGUUGUACUAACAAAUGGUAGCUCCAGCAGUUCAGCAAUGGAUGCAAGCCAGGAUGCAGGAAGUAAAGAGAACCCAGAGAACAAUCCUGAUUGUACUACUGUAUAUGUUGGCAACCUCGGACAUGAGGUUAACCGUGACGAGCUUCACCGCCACUUCUAUAACUUGGGGGUCGGGGCAAUCGAGGAAAUCCGUGUUCAACAGGAUAAAGGGUUUGGAUUUGUGAGAUAUAGCACCCAUGGGGAAGCAGCAUUAGCUAUUCAGAUGGGCAAUGGAUUGGUAGUCCGUGGGAAACCAAUUAAGUGCUCAUGGGGUAACAAACCAACUCCACCUGGGGCAACUUCCAAGCCCCUACCCCCUCCAGUUGCUCCAUACCAGCCUGCUAUAGCAAUGCCAGGUGUCCCACAAGGUUUCACAGCAGCAGAACUUCUUGCUUAUCAGAGGCAGCUUGCCUUAAGCCAGGCUGCAGCCGGUCAGAUUGCUGGCCAGCAUGGUCUCGCGGGUCAGGUUUCUGCAGGUCUUCUUGCUGCUGCUGGUUCCCAGGCCCUCUACGAUGGCUACCCGAACCAGUCAUCAGCCCAGCAGCUUAUGUACUACAACUAG